GCCUGCCUAAAUCGCUCCCCGUCCGGAUGAAGAGCCGAGCCUAAAACAAGAUUGCAUGCUAGGUGGAGGCUGUCACCCAACAUGUCCGUCGCAUUCCGCCGUCGAGACAUACUGCAUACCUCGGGCGGUGCCUGAGUUUGUAGAUCACACCACCAAGACCGUUCACGCUAUUCAAAUCCAACCAAAGAUCCUGCACUUCAUAUAUAUGACCUGAUGAUUUCUAAGAAGCGCCAAAUGUUCAAUGCCACGAAGAACGCGUUG